GAUUACCGCACGCAUCUCCGGCGCUGAUAACGUUCUCUCUCUCCUGCUGCUGAUUGUUAUUCAUCCUACAAAAUGGCUUCUCUGUGUUUUUGUUCUCUAAUUCAUCUAUUCGAAGCCAAAAGAUUACGGCCACCUCUCUCUUAGCUUUCUUUGUACCCAGCAGAACGAUAGCUUCCUACCCAAUACAAAAUGCAAUUCCAUGUGAGCUGUUGUAGCUGCCUUCAAAAGUGAACACACAAGAUCAGUAAAGGUUGCCCGCUUCACCUUUAUCGCCCAGCGAGCCGUUGGACAAUGUCUGGUUCUGGAGAUCUGCCAGCCAUCGAGGGCUCGGGGAUGGGCCUCCCCUUGGGCAUGGCGCGCCGGGGCCUUAGCUACGAUGACAACAUGGAGGCCCCCAUGUCCACGCCCCCGCUGGACGUCAGCAUCAACAAUCCCUGGCGGCGGCCGGUCAUACCGGAGAGGAGGUUCUCACACCUGGCCGAGGAUGAUGAAAGCGGUGGUGCUUGCGUCAGCCGGCGCAGCAGUAUCAACAUUGCCCCCACCAGGUCACCGGUGGUAGUGAAGACCAAGGCCUCCUCUAUCAUCAUGAACUCUCUCAUCACUAAGCAGACCCAGGACAGUGUGAUGAGGUUCGAGCAGAGUGCGGGGCUCACUGAUACCAGCUACACGCCACACAAGGGACUCACUGCGGAGGAGACCCGCCACCACCACCGCAUGCCCGAAUCAUUCCACAAGCUCCAGAUCCAGAGCAAGGAGUCCCGGGAGGACUCGUCGGCCCAGUCCACCCCCUCAAGCACCCCCCACAGCUCACCCAAGCAGAAACGCAGGAGCUGGUUCAGCAGUGCAGGCUCUGAGCUCAGUGUGGGCUCCAACACCAGCGUGGACCUCGUAGGAGGCGAGCUGGGAGGGGACAGAGGAGGAGGAGGAGGGGGAGGGGGGGGAGGGCAUGGGGGUGUCAUGGAGCGCUGGGGCGUCUUUGGACCGCGCCCCCAGAUCCAGAAGACGGACUCCGACCUGUCCGAGUCCACACCAGCAGCUGGCUUUGCGCUCCAGGCCUACCGCGGAGCACAGAAACCCACCGCCAUGGAGGUGAUGAAGGCCCAGGCCCAGCGAUUGGCCGAAGACGGUGCCGCUCAGAAGGUAGCCCCGCCCAAGAUGGAGAUCCCCACGGUAGAGGGGCGGAACCGGGGGGCGAAGCCGCACAAGCUGAAGCCUCGAGAUAUGAACAUCCUGACGCCGUCCGGCUUCUAGAGAGGCCGCCGGGCGUCUCCCUCACUGCUCCGCCGUUCUGGCAGGAUCCUGGGCAACAACGACCAGGAAAAAGAUUCUGUUUCAUUAAAGCAGAAGUAGCAGGCCAGGAAAAAUAUCUGUUCCUUAAACCUGUCCCUCAAAAAUACUGCCCACAGACUUCCCUUUACUAACCCAAACAUGACAUGCAUUUUUCAAGGAUCCAUGAAGCAUUUCCUACUCAUCCGCAUGUUAGGCCUAAGCUUGCAUUAUUAUAGUCCUACACAACAAAGUUGCUCUUGUACACACACCUACAAGUUUGCAAAUGUUUUGUGAGUCUCUUCAACAAUUGCUCGGUCGGUCUGUCUGUCUGUCUGUCUGUUGUAAUGCAACAUCCUGAUGAUCCUCAAGAUACAGCUCAACAUUUGCUCUUUGUGUGUGUGCACGCUUGUGUCAACUGGCCAGUUCUGUAAUUACUAUGUUUUGGGUUUUUAAACUUAUUUUAGAGCAUUCAGGAACAAUGUAAGCCAAUGAAGUGCUUGAGCUGCUAUUAAUGAAGAACAACAUUUAUUAUUUACAUUUUGUCAUUUUCACAGCAGAAGAUGCCCUGCUCACAUUUUUCCCUUAUUCUUUAUGUCGUUUAUGUGUGUAAUAGAUGCAAAGGUAGAUGAUCCCCUAUAAAUGACUGAAUAAAAGGACCAACCACCAAAAUAUAUAUUUAUCAUAGAGGACACCACAUUUACAAAUCACUUUAUUGAGAAAAGAUGUUGACUAGAAGUUAAAACUGGAUUUUGUUGUGUUGUACCAGAAAAACAGCUUGUUGGAAAAAAGAUUUAUUCCUCAUUAUUCCUAUGGUUUACUCCUCUAUCCCAAAUGCUUUAUUGUAGCCAUUGUCCAAUAUUACCAUUGAUGAUGAUGUAUAUGUGUUUAUCUUCCCUUUGCUGCUGACUUUUAGUUUUAUUUUUUGUUGAAGUUAUUGUUUAAUGUCCAUUAAAUCUAGCUAUAUUGUGUGACAUCAUGGUCAGAGUGAUGGAAAGUGUUUGAGCCCGACCGAUCCGGUGAAACUAUCUUGUGAACCCUCUAUUUGAAAAUGUCUUAUCGGCAUAAAGUGUUCCCAGAGUCCCCUUAAAGUACGUGUGUGUGUGUGUGUGUGUGUGUGUGUGUGUGUGUGUGUGUGUGUGUGUGUGUGUGUGUGUGUGUGUGUGUGUGUGUGUGUGUGUGUGUGUUCAUGCUAGUUCAUUUUCGUACAGUAAUGAUGAAUUGCAUCAAACUUGCACUUUAUGCAAGUUUGUCAAAAAAGAAAAGCUUUGUAAGCAUUCUAUUAAACUGCAAGUGUCCAGCAGAUGGUCUUCAUGAAGCAUCAUCACUUUUUCUAUGGGUCACAAAUGGCCUCACUCAACCAGGAUCAGUGACUGCUGGUUCAUUUCCAUUCAUCCCUUGUCCAGUGUCGGGUUUCAAAAAACAAUAAUCUUGUGACGCGUCAAAAGAGUGUAGCGGUCCAUGUACCCUUGUAAGACGUGACUGUAUAUUGUAAUGUCACGCCUCAGAGUGGAUGUCUGAUUCGUCCAAUUGCUGUUGUGUUACCAAUGACUCAUGCAUUGAAUGUUUCCCCUGAAAUGUGUGUGUGACGUGUGAGUGGUCUGGAAAUUUGUUUUUGACCUUUAACAUGACUUGAAGGGAUAAAGUUUGCCUUCUGACUCAA